CAAUCAAACAUAUACUCCACACAAUCUAACUUAUAUCGAUAGUUAUCACACUUCCCCAACUAAAUCUAACUAAUAAAAUCAUUCAUUUUCCCAUAUGCACACACCAACACCCUUAUUAAAUUAACUUAUCAAUGGUGUGAAACCAACGCACCCUGUUUUUGAAUAUCCAUAACCAUUGCUUACCACCUACGAAAACCCACCCCUAAUAAAACCAAUGCAAACACUUCCAUUGUCAACCUUCCUCCUCACACCACUCCCUCCACCGUCCCACCGCCGUAACAAUCUCUCUGUAACCAAUUUCAAACCCCUGAUCUCCACUUUCAACUCCAAUCUCAUCAAACCUUCACUAAUGGACUCGACUACAGUCCAAUCGAGCGCCAGUUCGGGUGUCCCCGAUCUAGGGCUUGUGCAGCGUGCAAUUGAAUUGGCUCAAUUGUCACCCCCUACGUGGCAAUCCGCUAUUCUCAGUAACAUUUUCAUCUUCUUAAUCGGAUCGCCGCUUCUUGUAACGGGGUUGUCUGUUUCCGGCAUCGGCGCCGCCUUCUUGCUUGGUACGCUUACGUGGCGAGGGUUUGGUCCUUCUGGGUUUCUUCUUGUUGCUGUUUACUUCGUCAUUGGUACAGGAGUAACGAAAAUAAAAAUGGCUCAAAAAGAAGCUCAAGGUGUAGCGGAGAAGAGAAAAGGUAGAAGAGGGCCCGGGAGUGUGAUAGGUUCUAGUGCCGCAGGUUGUGUUUGUGCAUUACUUUCAAUAUACGGAUUUGGUGGCGAAACAUUCUCUCGCCUUUGUGAACUCGGUUUCGUUGCUAGUUUUUGUACCAAGCUAAGCGACACCGUCUCUAGUGAGAUAGGAAAGGCGUACGGCAAAACAACAUACUUAGUAACAACGUUUAAGGUUGUCCCAAGGGGAACAGAAGGGGCGGUUAGUGUUGAGGGGACCGUUGCUGGUGUUGUUGCUUCUAUUCUUCUUGCCUCUGUUGCUUGUCUUCUGGGUGAGAUCAAUGUGGCUGAAGCUGUCAUAUGUGUGUUGGCAUCGCAAAUUGCAAAUGUUGGUGAGAGCGUGAUAGGAGCCGUGCUCCAAGAUAAAGAAGGAUUCAAAUGGCUCAACAAUGAUGCAGUCAAUGUGAUCAAUAUAUCUCUUGGUUGCAUACUCGCCAUCUUGAUCCAGCAAUUUGUACUUCAUAACUUGCUUGCAUGAACCCUAGAGUUCAUUUGCAAAUUAAUAGGAUACAAAUCAUCAAAUUUAUUCAUUCAGUGACGUUUACUUCAUACCGUCUUUUCAAGCAUACAAAAACCAUAGUUUAUUUUUUUUAAUGGCUGAUUUUAGUGCUGGUUAUGGAUUCGAGAUUCUUUCCUCGUCUGUAAAUUAGUAAUACGUUUAGUUACAUUGUAUAGUUUUGUAUAAUUUUCAUCUAAUCAAAUUUUUCAUGUAAGCUGCACAAUUUUGUACGGCCAAAUUGCUUGUAGUGUCACUUUAGCGUUUUUCAUC